AUGCGCCUCCUCACCACCAUCUCCACGCUCCUGCUCGCCCUGAGCCUGAGCACCACUGCAGCCACGGCCGCCGAGCUCAAAAUCGAAAAGACGCACGAGGUCGAGUGCAAGCGCAAGACGCAGAACGGCGACACCGUCCACAUGCACUACCGCGGCACGCUGGCGUCUGACGGGUCGCAGUUCGACGCCAGCUAUGACCGGGGCACGCCGCUGACUUUUAAGCUGGGUACUGGGAGGGUGAUCAAGGGGUUAGUUUUGCAGGAAACAAAAAACGAGGGUCUGGACGUUUUGCUGACUUUUUUUUUGUGUCUGCGCAGAUGGGAUCGAGGACUCCUCGAUAUGUGCAUCGGCGAGAAGCGCAAGCUUACUAUUCCCCCUGAAUACGGGUACGGUGAUCGUGGUAUUGGGCCGAUUCCGGGCGGGGCGACGCUUAUUUUUGAGACGGAGCUUGUGGGUAUUGACGGUGUGAGUAAGGAUGAGCUGUAA